AUGCUUCCCAACCGUAUGCACACCAAUUACGGUCAGCGGAGCGGCGUGGAUCAUGAUCGUCGUUAUACUGGAGGAAAAGCGAACCACAUCUUACGAAGGAAUAGGGUCAAGAGGAUGAAGGCUCUCUCUCAUCCUGAUCAGCUGAUGCUGGUGGCGGUGAAGGUCCUCACAAUGCACUCUGGUCUUUGGCCAGCCCGAUUCAACGUUAAGGAUACGGCAGAAAUUAUGGCAACAACAAAAACAGAGGAGAUUGACCAGAGUGGUGGAGAGGUGCUCAUCUGUGAUGCCUGCCCUCGAUGCGACGAUGUAUCCUUCAAGUGUGAUAUUGAGAGGAGACCUUGUGUACAAUCUGUAGACUGA